AUGGAGUCCGGGCAGAGAGCCGCCCGAAAGGGCCGGAAGCUGGGCUCCAGCCGGCGGCGGCUGACGCGGGAGCCCGCGGCCGGCCAGGAUGCCCCUGUGGCUCCGGAGCCCUGGUCCCCGCAGGCGGCCGAGGAGCUGCAGGGCUUCUUCCAGGCCUGCGGGGCCGCGGAGAGGGGCUUUGUCACCCGCGCGGACCUGGCGGCGGCCAAGCUCAGCUUCCUGGGCAGCGAGGAGGAGCCGGAGAUGAUCUUUGACUGGGUGGACCUGGAGCGGAAGGGACGGCUCUCCCUGGAAGAGUUCAGCUCCGGGCUCAAGAGCAUCUUUGGCUCCAGCCCGAGCACGCAGAGGGUCCGCGGAAGGAGGCCGCUGUCGUCCAAGCGGGGAUCUGCGGCCACCAGCUUCCCGGUGCUGGAGGAGGCGGGCGCGGAGGAGAAGGAGGAGUUCCUUGCCUUCAUGGAGCAGCUGGGGGGCAGCCACUCCCUUCCUGAGCAGGAGAUCUGGCAGCUGUGGGGGAAGCUGAGGCAGGAGAAGCCCCAGCUGGCAGGCAACCUGGAGGGCUUCCUGGCGCAGAUGACCAGCCGCCUGCAGGAGGCCCGGGCUGACAGGGAGUCUCUGGAGCUGACCCUGAGGAAGCGGGACUCUGACCACCAGCGCGAGGUCCAGCAGCUGUACGAGGAGAUGGAGCAGCAGAUCGGCCGGCAGAAGCAGCAGCUGCAGGCCAAGAGUGAGUCCCGGGACCUGGCCCUCAGCUCCCAGAUGCAGGAGGCCCUGGAGGCCAAGGAGCGGGAGGCGCAGCAGCUGGCGGAGGGCCAGAGGGAGCUGGAGGCCGAGCUCAGGCGCCUGAGCAGCGCCCAGCGGGAGGCCGGCUCCGAGAAGCAGCAGCUGCGGGACGCCCAGCGGGACCUGGCCGCGCGGCUGGAGCAGGUGCAGGGGCAGCUGCAGGCGACCCGGGGCCACCUGAGCUUCGCCAGGAGCCGCGUGUCCUGGCAGGUGGAGGCGGAGCCGAGACAGGGUGAGGUUCCCCUGUCUGAGCCCUCAGAGGGUCUGGACGGUGUGACUGAGCCCUCAGAGGGUCUGGAGAGUGUGGCUGAGCCCUCAGAGAGUCUGGAGAGUGUUCCUGAGCCUUCAGAGGGUUUGGGGUAUGUGACUGAGGUUACCCUCUUUGAGCAGUUACCCUCUUUGAGGUUACCCUCUUUCAGACAGGGUGAGGUUCCCCUGUCUGAGCCCUCAGAGGGUCUGGAUGGUGUGGCUGAGACCUCAGAGGGUCUGGAGGACAAGGGUCCCCUAUCUGAGCCCUCAGAGAGUCUGCAGGGUGUUGCUGAGCCCUCAGAGGAUCUGGACGGUGUGUCUGAGUCUUCAGAGGGUCUGGAGGGUGUGGCUGAGCCCUCAGAGGGUCUGGAAGGUGAGGUUCCCCUUUCUGAGCCCUCAGAGGGUCUGGAGGGUGAGGCUGAGCCCUCAGAGGGUCUGGAAGGUGAGGUUCCCCUUUCUGAGCCCUCAGAGGGUCUGGAGGGUGUGGCUGAGGCCUCAGAGGGUCUGGUGGGUGUGGCUGAGGUUACCCUCUUAGAGCAGUUACCCUCUUUGAGGUUACCCUCUUUCAGACAGGCUGAGGUUCUCCUGUCUGAGCCCUCAGAGGGUCUGGGAGGUGAGGCUGAUGUUCCCACACAGGGGGUGGCACCUCAGGGUGAGCCAGGCCCGGAAGUGCUGGAGGGCCUGAGGGAAGCUCCUGGCCAGGCCAAGCCAUGCGGGCCGCCUGCCCCCCCACAGCAGAGUCUGGAGGAGGAGCCGGGGGAGGAGGAGAGGAAACAGGGGGGCCGACGCAGGCGAGGCCUCAAUUCAGAGCCGCCGGCUGAGGCUGGGGUCCUGAGGACGGGGCACUCAGAACUCUCCCAGCCACGCUCCCUGCCCGCCCCUCUCCCAGCUGACACAGCGCAGGCUCAGGCUGAGGCCGCAGGCCCUGCUCCCGGAAGACCAUCCCCUCCAAGGGACUCUCCCCCUCUGGGGGCUCAGCCCGAGGGUGGGGCAGGGCCCCAGCCGCCCGAGAACACCCUGCCCAGCACCCUGCCCAGCACGGAGGCUGCGCUUCAAGCCCAACCCGGGCCGCCACCCACAGCCGCUCCGGCGGAGGGGGAACAAGGCCCCCCACAGCCCCGGGCGCCGCGGGCAGACAACCGGCCUGAAGACCCAGGAGCAGGCUCUGGGGGCGCUGGGCUGACCCUCACCCCAGGGGUCCCCACGGGCAGCGAGUCUCCAGCCGAACCCGAUCACAUCUUCCACGUCAUCUUCCUGGGAGACUCGAACGUGGGCAAAACCUCCUUCUUGCACCUGCUGCACCAGAACACCUUCGCCUCGGGGCUGACAGCCACAGUGGGAGUGGAUUUUCGGGUCAAAAACCUGCUGGUGGACAACAAGAACUACGCGCUGCAGCUCUGGGACACGGCUGGCCAGGAGAGGUACCACAGCAUGACGCGGCAGCUGCUCCGGAAGGCCGACGGUGUGGUGCUCAUGUAUGACGUCACGUCCCAGGAGAGCUUCGCCCACGUGCACUACUGGCUGGACUGUCUCCGGGACUCAGGGCCUGACGGAGUGGCCAUCCUUCUCUUGGGAAACAAGAUGGACCGUGAGGAGGAGCGGCAGGUGUCCACCGAGGCGGGGCAGCAACUGGCCCAGGAGCUGGGGCUGUCCUUCGGGGAGUGCAGCGCGGCCCUGGGUCACAACAUCCUGGAGCCCAUGGUGAGCCUGGCCAGGUCACUCAAGAGGCAGGAGGACCUGCUGAAGGGCGCCCUGGUGGAGGUGGCCCCCAAGAAGCCGCCGAAGAAAGCUGGCUGCUGCUCCUGA